GUGACUGUGACUGAAGGUGAAGUGAGUUGUCAAAAAGUUGGCAAUGGCUGGCAUUUAUUUCCAUCUGUUUUAUUUGGGAAGCUAAAAUCUAUUUUCAUAACAUACGCAUCAACAAUAGAACAUAAUCGUCACAUUGCUGCCAGGCAAGAAUUGUAUCAUUUGUGAUGUGAUGACAUAAUGGUGUAACUGUUGUUAUUUCUCACCAUAUUGUAUCUAUUUUCACUGAAUAUGGACACCGCUAUGGAGUCUCCAGAGCAGGGGAGUCCCCAGGUGGAGGAGAAAGCGUUUGUGGAGACCGAGACAGAUUACUCCAGCAUCAGAGGAAAGAUGGUGCUGGUGAGCCCCUCGGCGGACCAGUUUGAGCUGCUGCAGAAGCAGCUGAUGGAGCGCCUGGAGCAUGGCAACGGAGAGAUCAUCUAUGACGUGGGAGUAGGGGAAGACGGGCGCGGUCUCUCCGAAAGCGAGCUGUCAGCAGCCGCCGCCACCCUCUGCUCCAUUGCGGCGGCGGCGCGCGUGUCGUGCGUGGAGCUGCGCCGCUGGGGCGCGCCCGCCGCGCGCUGCGCGCAGUUCCUGCUGCGGCAGCCGAUCAGACACACCGACUUUAUGGAGAUACGGGUAGCAGUGGUAGGCAACGUGGACGCGGGCAAGUCGACACUACUAGGAGUCCUGACUCACGGGGAGCUGGACAACGGGCGCGGCUACGCGCGGCAGCGGCUGUUCCGACACAAGCACGAGAUGGAGAGCGGCCGGACCAGCUCCGUCGGGAACGAUAUACUGGGGUUCGAUGAUACUGGAAACGUAGUGAACAAGCCGGACCACGGCACGCUGGACUGGGUGAAGAUCUGCGAGCGCUCGUCCAAGGUGAUCACGUUCAUCGACCUGGCUGGGCACGAGCGGUACCUCAAGACCACCGUGUUCGGCAUGACGGGGCACGCGCCCGACUUCGGCAUGCUUAUGAUCGGCGCGAACGCGGGCAUCGUGGGCAUGACGAAGGAGCACCUGGGGCUGGCGCUGGCGCUGUCCGUGCCCGUGUUCGUCGUCGUCACCAAGAUCGACAUGUGCCCGCCCAACGUGCUGCAGGACAACCUGAAACUACUAAUCCGGAUCCUGAAGUCGUCCGGGUGCCGCAAGGUGCCUGUCAUGGUGAAGACGAAAGAUGACGUCAUCGUCAGCGCCACCAACUUCGUGUCUCAGAGACUAUGUCCAAUCUUCCAAGUGUCGAACGUCUCCGGCGAGAACCUGGAGCUGCUGACCAUGUUCCUGAACCUGCUGAAGACUCGCAUGCCGGCGCUACACGACCAGCCCGCCGAGUUCCAGAUAGACGACACCUACUCCGUGCCGGGUGUAGGCACAGUGGUCUCCGGCACAACCCUGCAAGGAGUCAUCAAGCUAAACGACACGCUGCUGCUGGGCCCGGACCCGCUGGGCCACUUCACGCCCAUAACCGUGAAGAGCAUCCACCGCAAGCGCAUGACCGUGCCCGAGGUGCGGGGCGGGCAGACGGCGAGCUUCGCGUUGAAGAAGAUAAAGCGGUCACAAAUCCGCAAGGGCAUGGUGAUGGUGUCGCCGCAGCUGAGCCCGCAGGCGUGCUGGCAGUUCGAGGGCGAGAUCCUCGUGCUGCACCACCCCACCACCAUCUCCUCGCGAUACCAGGCCAUGGUGCACUGCGGCAGCAUCCGGCAGACGGCGUCGAUCCUGUCCAUGUCGCGCGACUGCCUGCGCACGGGCGACAAGGCGCUCGUGCGCUUCCGCUUCAUCAAGCACCCCGAGUACCUCAAGCGGGGGCAGAGGAUGGUAUUCCGCGAGGGCCGCACCAAGGCGGUGGGCAACGUGCUGCGCGUGAUCCCCGCGGCCGGCGCGCCGCCGCCGCGCAAGCCGCACGCCAAGAGACAGGAGCAGCCCACUGACCUGCCGCUGGAAAGUGACGUGACAACAGCAGACUCCCCGUUCGAGAUGCAAGGAGACAAGCGCACGGAGGGGCACUCGCACCGCGGCCGCCGCUCCCGGGGCAAGCGGGACAAGCCCCCCGAGCAACCGCCGCUAGCAGCAGCCAAUUAGCACACGCCGCACACAAGCACCGCCCCAUUGGAUGAAGCUACACCGGACGUGCCCUCUUAGUGGAUGAUCUUAACCGGACGUGGCUUCUCAUUGGUCAACGUAGUAUAACGUUCAUUUCCAAAUAGCACUCUAUUCCCGCUCUGUAGUUUCAUCAAAUGAGGAUCGUUUAAAAGUACAUAUAACUGGUAUAUUUUCAGGAUCUUUUAAAUCUUAGUUUUGAUUCCUAAAGUGCUCAUUGUUACAUGUAACAGAAUGAUCUCUAACGAAAUCGAAACUUAGGAAUGAACGACUCAUUCCGAAAAUAAUGAACAUUGAACAGUACAAGGUACUUAGUACUUAGGUUGAUCUUAACCUUUCUUACACGGAGUAGCAUAAAUUAUUACUAUAAAUAAAUAGCUUUUGAUUCUAAUAAAAGAAGUUACAUAUUUUUGACAUAAUAUUACAAGAGGCAUCCUCUUUUUGACAUAGGUACUAGUUCUUCACUCUCGAAAUUUUAGAUGGCUUGAGAGCUUUGAUAAAAUAAGUACAUUAUUUCCACACUAGUAAAAAUGCGCAUAUUCGUAUGAACAUAUUUUUUCAUAUUAUUUUGUUAUAAAUAUUCAUUUAUGAGGUUUACAAAUUGGUUAUUUUUAUUUCAUAACAAAUACAGUUUUAUAAAACAGA